AUGAGUGACGACGAUCAAGUUGUACGACAAAGAACAGGGGAUGUUGUAGAACCAACUACUAUUACUGCUUCUUCGACUACUUCUAAUACUAUCAAUAUCGAUACACAAGAUGAUGUAUUAAACGCUAAGAAACAAACAAGCGAUGAUGAUGACGAUGAUGAACCAAUUGAUCCAAUUAGACCGGAUUUUGAAGCCGCUGAAAAACUACAUCAAGGUACAAGUCAUGUACCGCCAAUAAUUGAUUUCUUAAACAAAUUUCUUCCACCACGUUGGGUUAAUUGGACUGUACGAUUAUUUACAGGCCUACUAUUAAUUUCAGGAUUUACACUUCUUAUUUACUUGGGUCCAUUGGCAUUAGUACUUAUGGUUUUAGCUAUUCAAUUGGCUUGCUUCUAUGAAAUUAUCAAUAUUGGUUAUUUGGUUUAUCGAUCGCAUGAUUUACCUUGGUUUCGAUUAUUAUCGUGGUAUUUUUUGUUUACAUCAAAUUAUUACUUAUUUGGUGAAAGUUUAAUCGCCCGAUUUCGAUUACUUUUAGCUAAAGAAGAUUUUCUUCAACCAUGGAUAACUCAUCAUCAGUUUAUUUCAUUUUCAUUAUAUUGUGCUGGGAUUGUUGCAUUUGUUCUAAGUUUAGUUAAAAGGCAUUAUAUUAAACAGUUUACUUUGUUUGGAUGGACUCAUGUUACAUUGCUUAUUUUCGUUACAUCAUCUUAUUUCUGUAUUGAAAAUAUUUUCAAUGGUUUAAUUUGGUUUCUUUUACCAGUUUGUCUAGUUAUAUGCAAUGAUAUUAUGGCAUAUGUAUUUGGAUUUUUCUAUGGGAAAACACCACUUAUUAAAUUGUCACCGAAAAAAACAUGGGAAGGUUUUAUUGGCGGUGGUUUAUCCACUAUACUAUUCAGUAUAUUACUAUCUUAUAUUUUAUUAAAAUAUGAUUAUUUUGUAUGUCCAAUUGAAUGGGAUGAUACAAAAGGUUCUUUAACAAUGAAUUGUACUAGAAAUCCUGUAUUUAUAGCACAGAUCUAUGAUUUACCGAAGUAUUUAUUCUUUCUUCCAAUACGUCAAAUCACUUGGUAUCCAUUCUUACAGCAUUGUUUAAUUAUCAGUAUAUAUACAUCAGUUGUUGGACCAUUUGGUGGAUUCUUCGCUAGUGGUUUUAAGAGAGCAUUUAAAAUUAAAGAUUUUGGUGAUUUUUUCCCUGGACACGGUGGUGUAGUUGAUCGUUUUGAUUGUCAAUUAAUAAUUGGAACAUUUGUAUUAUUUUAUUAUAAUUCAUUUGUUCGAACUUAUAGUCCUGUUUCUCUGUUACCAAAAAUCUACAUUUUACCACCAAAUGCCCAAAUUCUAUUUUAUCGUCUACUUACGGAUGGUCUUUAUAAACGUGGUCUACUUCCUAAUCAAUUAGUAGAUGCAGUAAAUGAAUAUUUACCAUCUCCAUCAGGAUCAAGUUCAACAACAAUACGACCAACUAGUUCAUCGUCGUCAUCGUUGAAUAAUGUUGAAGUGUAG